UCCUCUGCAAGUGACUUCCACUAUCGAGAGUCCAUCACCUGCAAAACUGUGCUUGAUUUACUGGGUGAAACCGACCUCAAGUAGUGUUACACGCGUUCAACGCGCUCUCCACCGACCUUCUAGUUUCUCGAGGCAGUAACAACUUGUUGGAACCUCGGAAGUGGCGCCGGCAUUGCAGCGUUAUAGAAUACCUGCCUCCGUUGCUGGUGCUGCCUACAGACUUUCACUGAUAGUACCUCCAGUCGAUCCAGGUGAACAAAGGGAAUGAUUUUAUUGGGCAUGUUGGCCCAAUGAAGUUCUGUAGGUUGUAUAUCGUAUCAGAACGCGGUCUUACUCAGUUGUCGGUGACGUUGAUACUUAGUUUCGCCCUCUCAACUUUUCCCACACCCUUCCAAUUUACACGAGACGCUCACGCAAUUGUUCAUAUUUUUUUUAGCUUCUCGCUUCUUUCCAUCUUCUGGAUUCCAAAAGUCUAUCGAGAUCGCAAACACCCACAAGAGAGCGGUAUUGGCGGAUUCAGAGCCCAUGAAACUGUCUCGUAUUCUCCAUCCUAUUCACAUAUCGCCUCAAUCCGCACCAGCAAGUAUCAACGAUGUGGCCACCGAGAUAUUGACGAUCAUCUUUGGCUUAUGUGUAGAGGGAGGAUCUUGGGAAAUGCGCCGCAAGGAAGCACCAAUGCUUCUGACUCGCGUAUGUUCCCGUUGGCGUCGAAUCGUGAUUAAUACCCCAUCACUAUGGGCUAAGCUAUCAUUCUUCAUCACUAAACCUCCCCCCUCGAAUCUCGUGCAACGCAUCUCGGAUGUGUGGCUGUCGAGGCUGGGUACGACUGGACCUCUCGAGCUGUCGCUGAACGUUAUACGGACAAUCGCAUCCACCCAAGAUCGAUUACGGAUUAGCCAUUUUCUCAACGAUUUUUUAUGCCUAUAUCACCCCUUGAUCCCACGCCUGCAGAGUUUAGCCCUGAGCGAUGUGUUUUUGCCUCACUCAGACGGCCAGAUUUUAUUCACAUCCUUGCCUAUGCUUCAACCUCUCAAUCUCCGGCAUCUCACCCUCCAGUCCGGGCGUCCACCAGGCCCGAUGCUCGAAUGGACACACUCUCUCCUUCCCAGUCUACAGAAUCUGAACACUGUGAUCUGGAACGAGAACCGAGUUCAGAGUUUCCUCAGGACCGCACCAUUAAUCCACCUCACAUCCCUUGAGUUCGAGAGCACAUUUUUAGGUUUCCCCCUUUGGCGAGAUGAUUUACAGAAACUGUUCCAGGAAGCACCUCAACUCACCACAUUGAGCCUAACCUUUGCCAACAACCCCCCUCCUGCGAUUACACCUGGAACCUCCGCUAUCGUGCAUAAUCGUCUCCAGGUGUUGAGAGUGGGUAUCUCUCUUAAUGAAAAUGGUACGUCUGUGGUCCCAAAUACGUUCGACCAUAUCACCCUUCCCGCCCUUCUGGAAUUCCAAAUCAAUGCCAGUCCUCUUCUGAGCGAUUGGGAAGCCACCUCAAUUGUCAAUUUUUUGAAACGAUCUCGGUGUAAUCUUGCCAAAUUGACGCUGGAUCCACCUCCACGUAUCGAGGAUAUCACCGAAUGCCUCGAGAUUGAAAGUAUAGAGACCCACCUCUCGGAACUCCAUAUCUCCAAUGCUAACUGGGCGGAACAAGAACAUUGGUUCACUGAGGACUCCGACGAUCCAAAGGUGCCUGUGAUGCUUCCGUUGCUUCAAUACCUCAGUACCAGUAGACGCGUAGGGGAUAUCACGCGUUUACCUCUACCUUCCCUUGUUGAUAUGUCGGUGUGGAUAGAUCCGUUCGCAGAUAUGGAUGGACUUGUGGAAGUAGUCGAACAACGAUUACAAGUUGUUGAUGAGAUCAGUGGUGCAGUGCUACCUCCCGAGAAUGGAGUAAGCUGUUUGAAACAGUUGACGAUCGUCGCAGUCAUAGAACAGGAGGAUUACCGCAGUUGGGUGAUGGAGACGGAGUUUAGGGACAAGUAUAUACAGUGGCAAGGCUUCGACGAGGAACUUCAAAUGUUUGUAGAUGACUUUGUCAGUAGAAAGGUCCCGAACGGGUGGAAAUUGGGGAUGAAGGAGACCGUGGGGCUUCCUAGCGAUGUUAGCGUACCUGACGAAGAUGCCGAUGUCGAGAACGAAGAACUCGAUCAGGAGUACGACAAUGACGAAGAAGAUUUUGUUUACACGGAUCAUGAGAUGGACUCUGACGAGUAG